AUGAGCAGUAUUGCGCAGCUUGGUGAUCGGCUUCGGAAGUUGACAUUGAUUGAAGGGGUUCACAAUCUGAGGGUCGAUACCGAGGAAUUGAGAAAACUUCUCACCGCAUGUCCCAAUAUUGUGAGCCUUUCACUGGGUAUACCGCUGGCUGAGCAGUCAAAGGACGAAGUAAGCCAUCCUUCUUCACUUUCCACAUGUUAUCGUGAACGCAUUUAUUUUGGUGCUCGGAAGAGCUCGCAACUAACAGAUUUGAUUGUCUACACAGAAACGAUCUACGAGAUCUAUGGUGCUUACCCAACCAGCAUUGAUCGAACAUACGACAAUGCUCACUCGAUGAUGGAGCAAUUACACAGUCAGAAGCUUGGACAACGAUUCAAUCAGAUCGAGAUCCAUUUCGGUAAUUGGGUCGCGGACAUUGCAGAAAAUAGCAGUUAUCUCUUCCACCACACAAGGCAGUUCUUUUCUCGAAUCAACUAUAAGAGCGAGUAUGAGCAAUGGGGCAGUGCGAGAUGUGAGGACAGCGUACAGGAGCAAGGAGAGCCAGUCGUUUAG